AAGGAAGAGUUGCCAAAUUGAGCUAUUGGGAUCCUAUAAAACAGCGAUUUCAGUGUGUUUGGAGUCCUGAGAGAUUUCUGAAACAGUACUUAGCCAACGCAUCUCUCUCAAUAAAUACUCUUCUUCUUCUUCUUCUUCUUCUUCUUCUUCUUCCUUAAAACCCCAUUACUCCCACAAAACACGACCAGGGAACACUCCCAACAACCGUGUUCCUCACUGUGUCCUUUUCACUCUCUUUUUCCUCUUGUGUGAAUUCACAAAACGAAAAACUGUCUGUUUAUUUGACUUACCCUUUUCGCCCCAUUCUUCUGUAAAAUCCCCCAUUGUUCUCGCAGUUUCAUGCUGAAUCUGCCAUGGAGGAUACUCUGUUUUCUCCGGUUAAGUUCACAGAGCACCGUAGCUUCACCAACAAAUUUUCCUCCAGGAAACAGCCCCCGUCCCAAAAUCGACUCGUACGGAUUGCCGUCACAGACCCUGACGCCACGGAUUCGUCCAGCGAUGAAGAAGGGGAGUUUUUUGAGAGACAGAGAGUGAAGAGAUAUGUAAAUGAGAUCAAAAUCCAGACUGCCUCUCGAAAUACCCUUUUACCCAGUGCCCGGAAGAGGCCUGCCGCGGAGGGUUCGGAUUCACGCCGUCCGGUGAAGGCGGCUCCGGUCAUGAAUGGGAAGAAAUUUCGUGGUGUACGCCAGCGUCCCUGGGGUAAAUGGGCGGCGGAGAUUAGAGAUCCGGCCCGCCGUGUGCGGCUCUGGUUGGGGACUUAUGAUACGGCGGAGGAAGCUGCUAUGGUGUACGAUAACGCCGCCAUUCAGCUUCGAGGGCCGGAUGCUUUGACGAACUUUGCAAUACCGCCGCCUCCGCUGCCGGAGACGGAAGUUGAGGCGGCGAAUAUCCCCUCUAUUUCCGGUUCCUAUGACUCCUCCUGCGAGGAGUCCCACAAUUUAUCAUCACCGACUUCAGUUCUACGCUUUAGAACUCCGUCGCUGGAGGAAUCCGAAAAGCCCCAAAACUCCAGCGGGUUUCAGAAACCGCCGCCACCGCCGAUUCUGCCGAUGGCCGAUGACCAAUUACGCGAAUGUCAAGGCGAAACUUCGUUCUACGAGGAGUAUUACACCGAUUUCCCCAAAUUCGAGGACGUCUUCCAGCUUCCGUGCUCCGAAUCUCCGAUGUUCUUGGAGGAUCAGCCACUGUUUCUUGAAGAAAGCAUAUAUAACGAAGGUUUCAGUGAUUUGUUUACAAAUUUGCCUGAUGAUUUUGGGUCGCCAUUGUUGUCUUCGUCGAUCAGUCAAGUGGGCGAGGACUAUUUCGAAGAUAUUUUGAUGGGAUCGGACCCAUUGGUAGUUCUGUGAGUGGCGCGUUGGAGAACCGGGCGGUUGGGCGGCGGUGGACCAUCGCUUCCACCGAUGUCGGCGGAAUUUUGUUAGGAUAUCGCAUCUCUGGAAAAACGGCUAU